GGCUGAAGCUCUUCUCAGUAAUUAAAUACUCUCAAACAGCCAAAGAUCCCAGAUUUGAUCUAAAAAAAUUGCUACGAUUAUCAAACCUCACAAUCAUCCAAAAAUCCAUGAAAUCGAAAACAGAGUAAAGAAAAAGAUAUAAGUUGUGUCCAUGGCGAAGCAGCAGGCCAGUAACGCGUGGAUUAUGCAGAAGAAGAAAUGGUCUCUGGUGGUUCUGGCAUUGUUCUCUCUCUCCACCGCCAUGGUUUUCUUCAUGAGAACCGCCUUCGAUUCCUGCAACGCAAACACCGCCGCUCGUUUCGAAGACGAUAACAACAGAGUCGCCGCGCCGGCUGUAAUCCUCCACGACGGCGCCGCCGCCGGACCGAGCGGCGCUCUCCGGUUCAUGAAGUCGAAGCUGGUGCUUUUGGUCUCCCACGAGCUCUCUCUUUCCGGAGGUCCAUUGUUGUUAAUGGAGCUGGCGUUCUUGUUGAGAGGAGUCGGAUCGGAGGUUGUUUGGAUUACAAGCCAAAAGCCACCGGAAUCCGACGAGGUCAUUUACAGUUUGGAGAAUAAAAUGCUGGAUAGAGGAGUACAGGUUCUGUCUGCAAAGGGUCAGAAGGCUAUAGAUACAGCUCUUAAGGCUGAUUUGGUGGUUUUGAAUACUGCUGUUGCUGGAAAAUGGCUGGAUGCUGUGCUCAAGGACAACGUUCCUCGUGUUCUUCCUAAGGUGUUGUGGUGGAUUCAUGAAAUGCGGGGGCAUUAUUUCAAAGUGGAGUAUGUUAAGCAUCUCCCUUUUGUUGCAGGUGCCAUGAUUGAUUCGCAUACGACAGCGGAAUAUUGGAAGAAUAGGACUCGGGAACGGUUAGGGAUUAAAAUGCCUAAGACAUAUGUUGUGCACCUUGGAAAUAGUAAGGAGCUAAUGGAAGUGGCAGAAGAUAGUGUAUCCAGGAGGGUUCUCCGUGAACAUGUCCGAGAGUCUCUUGGAGUGCGGAAUGAAGAUCUACUCUUUGCCAUCAUAAACAGUGUUUCACGUGGGAAAGGUCAGGAUCUAUUUCUUCGCGCUUUUCAUGAAAGUCUGCAGAUUAUUAAGGAGAAGAAAUUGCAAGUGCCAUCUAUGCAUGCAGUAAUAGUGGGAAGUGACAUGGAUAAGCAGACUAAAUUUGAAACAGAGCUGCGUCACUUUGUGAUAGAGAAAAAGCUUCAGGAUUGUGUUCACUUUGUGAACAAGACCCUGACUGUGGCUCCUUAUCUGGCUUCCAUUGACGUUCUUGUUCAGAAUUCUCAGGCUCGAGGAGAGUGCUUUGGAAGGAUAACUAUUGAAGCAAUGGCCUUUCAGCUGCCUGUACUGGGGACAGCAGCUGGUGGAACCAUGGAGAUCGUUGUGAAUGGCACAACAGGACUGCUGCAUCCUGUUGGUAAAGAAGGUGUGUCAUCCCUGACGACUAACAUCGUAAAAUUGGCCACACAUGUAGAGAGGAGAUUGACGAUGGGCAAGAAGGGAUAUGAGAGAGUGAAGGAAAGAUUUUUGGAACCACACAUGGUGCAAAGGAUUGCUUUCGUUUUAAGGGAGGUAUUGCAGAAAGCAAAGAGCCACGCCAAUUCUUAAUUUGCAGGAGGAGCACAAUAGUAGUUAAAAAUGUUUGCUCCACUCCAACGAGAAUGCAGCUCAUACUUUUGUAAGUCAUUGUAUCAUAUGUAGCAAGAUAAGGUAGAUAGAGAGUGAUAUGGAUACCAGGAAAAUCAAGUCUGGUCAUUGAGUUGCAAAAUGUUUAUUCAUCAAUGGUAUACAUGCAGUUUUGCAAAUGUAAAAAUCUGUCUCAACCGUAUUCAAUUUUCACUUUUAUGGUUGAUAUCAGCCUCCUUUGCAGUACUAGUCCUCUUGG